GCCCCACCCACCGCCCCCACCCCCUACCGCCGAUGGUGGGCGAGACCAAGCGCGAGGGGAGGACAGGCGGAGCGCGCGCCUGAGGCUGCGCUCUCCGCACUUAGCUGGCGCUGCCUCACGCCUCGCAGCCACCCCUCCUGCGACUCCACAAAUAGUCCGACCCGCAAGCAAGGGGGCGGGUCCGGCUUUGAAAAGCCGGCGGGUCGGGCCUUGAGGUGGAAGGCGGGAAAAUGGCGGAUUCCUCGGGGCGCGGCGCUGGGAAGCCUGCAACCGGCCCCACAAAUCCUAGCAGCGCCAAGAAGAAGGAGAAAAGAGUUCUAGGUGGAAGGGUGAUUGAAUCCCGGUAUCUGCAGUAUGAAAAGAAGACAACCCAAAAGGCUCCUGCAGGAGAUGGGUCACAGACCCGAGGGAAGAUGUCUGAAGGUGGAAGGAAAUCCAGCCUGCUCCAGAAAAGCAAAGAUAGCAGUGGGGUCGGAAAGGGUGACCUGCAGUCCACGUUGCUGGAAGGGCAUGGCACGGCUCCACCUGACCUGGAUGUCUCUGCUAUUAAUGACAAAAGCAUCGUCAAAAAGACGCCACAGUUAGCAAAAACAGUAUCAAAGAAACCUGAGUCGACAUCAUUUUCUGCCCCUCGGAAAAAGAGCCCAGAUUUAUCUGAAGCAAUGGAAAUGAUGGAGUCUCAGACACUACUGCUGACGCUACUAUCCGUAAAGAUGGAGAACAAUCUUGCUGAGUUUGAAAGAAGGGCAGAAAAGAAUUUAUUAAUAAUGUGUAAGGAGAAGGAGAAGCUACAGAAAAAGGCCCACGAGCUGAAGCGCAGGCUUCUCCUCUCUCAGAGGAAGCAGGAGCUGGCAGAUGUCCUGGAUGCCCAGAUGGAGAUGCUCAGCCCCUUCGAGGCAGUGGCCACACGCUUCAAGGAGCAGUACAGGACAUUCGCCACGGCCCUGGACACUACCAGGCACGAGCUGCCCGUGAGGUCCAUUCACCUGGAGGGAGAUGGGCAGCAGCUCUUAGACGCCCUGCAGCGUGAACUGGUGACCACUCAGUGCCUCCUGGGAGACCUUGGUGUUGGUGAUUCGGUAGAAAAUGUGCAGGUGCUGGACUUACUGAGCGAACUCAAGGAUGUGACGGCGAAAAAGGACCUUGAGCUCCGAAGGAGCUUUGCCCAGGUGCUGGAACUCUCCGCAGAGGCAAGCAAAGAGGCAGCUUUGGCAAACCAGGAAGUCUGGGAAGAGACCCAGGGCAUGGCGCCCCCCAGCCGGUGGUAUUUCAAUCAAGACAGUGCCUGCAGAGAAUCUGGGGGAGCACCCAGGAACAUGCCCCUGUCUGAGGAUGACAACCUGGGUGCCUUGUCAGCCCCCACUCAGGCCACAUUCAUCAGCCCAAGCGAAGAUUUUUCUUCAAGCAGCCAGGGAGAAGUCCCGCCAUCUGUCUCUCGUUCAGGGAGGGACUUGUCAUGACUUGUGGUUACAUUCAGGAUACUUGAGCACUUUAUAUACUACCAUAGCACUGUAGCUAUUUUUUAUGUGAUAAUCUUGUUUGAUAAAACAGUAAACCUGUUUUGCAGUUGAA